CUUAGCACUAUUGAAGUAAACAGAGAGCUAGAGAGGUUGACAGAUCUGCCUCGAAUAUGUGAAGUUAACUUAAAUUUUAAUGAUAAUGUUUGGUGGUAAUAAAAAAAAGGACCGUGUCGAAUUUGUUGAAAAAGUGCAGGCUGCUCGACAACAACGAUCCGAAGGAAAAGAAAGGGAAAGAGCUGCUAUUUGCAUUCAGGUAUUUAUAUAUAGACUGCUAAAGAUAGAUAUUUGAUCGCUAAGGAGGAAUAUGCUCCAGAAACCACAUGAUCACUAUUUAUGGGUAUUUAAGAACUUUUAACCAUCCUUGAAAAAUUAAAUUAAUAUUUUGAAAAUAUUUGCUGCCGGAAUUCGUGAGCCAACUAGUACAACAGCUGUUUUAAAUAGUGCAUGUUGUGCUUUUCUAUUUAAAGGCUAGAUUACUUAGAUGUCUUUAACCGACAUCCGAAGAGGAAUUUUUAGCACCAGUCAAACAGAGAGGUUACUCAAAACAAGUAGUGACUUUUGAUAGGAGAGAUGAAAUUUGUAGUGUUUACGCAAUGAUUUACUUUUUGAAAGAACGUAAAAAUACUUUGAUUGCCAGACUCACAUCACUUACUGACUUGACUUAACCUAACCUAAAUAACAUGGACACCUUAAUAUAUUUAUACUGUUACUUACAUAAAAUUACAUGAUGAAAGGUGAUCAAAAUAAAUUUCACAAGUUAACAAAUCAACACCACAAAUUUUUUUAUAGAGCAUGUAUACUACUCCUUUAUAUGACCACACUUAGCAAGGUGCAAGAUUGUGCCUGUCUGGUAGUAAGUGUGACUGAAAAUUGAAUGUCAGUGACUGGAAUUUUAAAGGUAGUCACAAGAAGGCAAGUUAUCCAGUGUCCCCACUGGACAACUUUUUUUUUCUAAUUGAAAACAUUCACAUUUGGUUCCCAAGAAGAAUUCUAGAACCUCCACUGAAAAAUAAAUUAAAAGUGUUCACAAAAUGUACUGCGCUUUCCACCAGAUAGAGAUUUAUCCAGUAUGUAGUGUUACUCUCCUUUUGAACAACCUGUGCCAGGAAAGUUGCAAUAAUUGAUUUAGAGGCAGUCAUGUUUUCAGCUGUUAACAUGACAGCCAUACAAAGGGCACAUUCAAUUUGUGAUGGGUCAGCUUUCCUGGUGCUCUGUUUGGCACUGGUUUAUACUCUGGAAAUGUUCAAAAGUGUUUUAAAAUGAGAAGGGGAAGAAAGUGCUAUUUAUUAAUAAGAAGUUCAUGUUAAGUUUGGAUAUUUUACCAGCCUCUUAAUUGUAAGACAAAGAUUUCUCCAUGUGAACUGAAAAUGAUCUUUUGUAUACUGUUGUACACUACUCAUAUUGUUUAAAGGAACAGCACUCUAAGCUCAACUAUUUUCAAAGUCACCAUAAAAUAAAGAAAAUGGUGUGGCUGGCAUUUAUUUUUGCAGAAAACAAAGAAAAUAAAUGAACGUUGUCUUCUGACCCUACACUUGUAAAAAGUAUGUUUUAAAAACAUUACAACCUGCUACAUAACUAUCAAACAAAGGUUGCAAAAUGGCCACUUUCACUGCAAAAUUAUUUGGCGAAAAUUUUAUUGUAGUCUCCAUUGUGACCAAAAUGGUCACAGCAUGGAGCUUUGAUGAGGAAAAUAUUUUCAGCAAAAGUGUGCCUUAACAAUCUCACAUUUCUUUGUAUUUCACAUUGAAGCUAAAAUGUUGUGAGUGGAACUUUUUAAUGACUAGUUUUUCCUACAUGGUGAUGUUUAAAAAAAUUGUCUAGCAGCACUUUGUGCCCCUAUAGUAUUUAGUAUUAUAUAUAUAUAUUUGCCCCAGUGCAAACAAAUUUUGUUGAUGUUGUCACCUAGUGGAUAUAACCUGAGAUUGAUUCAUCUUAGAUGUUACCCAGAGAGCUUUGAUCCCUUAUUUCGAGGUGUUGAAAUUUGUUGAAGCAACCGUUUUGCUGUGUACAUUAGGGUUAUUAUAUACUAAGUCAAUUAAAUUUUGGAAAAUUCUGCUUCCUUUUUGUGCUUUCUCAGGCAUGGAUGAGGAGGCUCCUGUGUAUUGCCAAACUGAGAACUGAAACAAGGUAUUCAUUAACUUAGUUGGUGCCCAAAAACACUUUAUAAUGUUAAUUAAUCCCAUUUUAUAUUGGCUUAUGAUGAAGAAGAAGCCAGAUUAUAAUUUACCACAAAAAUUUUGCCAGGGACCUUGCUAUCAUAUCUUAUUCAUCAAUUAUCAAUUAAUUAUUUAUUAAAAAAUUUUUUUCAUUCUAUCAAGCUUAUAACAUUGAAGCACUUAUGUAUGUCGGAGAUCUGGGGCUUAUUAAAGUGUAAGACCAGCCAAUUAAUCUUGUGUAACAUGUAGUUGGAAAACUGCAAGUUUGUGUGCACUUUUCAUUUUGCUGUGAGUGUUAUUUCAGAGUGAUCAACUGUAUUUUCACAACUUUCUCACUCAUCCACUAAAUAUUGUGAAGCAGCUUGUCUGAAAUAUAGACACUACUUUCAGUCAGCCUAAAAUCUUCAGUCAAAAAAAGUUGGAAAGUAAAUCAGUUUCUGAAAAUAUCAUUUACCUCAGUCUAGCUAUCUAGUCUUCUGUACACAACUUUACAACUCCAGUAGUAGAUUUGCUGUUCAUAUUUUUCACCUUCUUGCUGCCAUGAAAGGACAUAGAUUGAAAUGUUUAAAUAUCCUUGUCUCAAUGAAAACUCAGAAGCUUAUUUUCACAGCAGUUAAGUUUACUUGUGGAAGUCUCUUCCUUCAGGGAUUAAACACUGCUGAAACAAUCCUCUUGAUUCAUUUGCAUCUGCCAUGCUAUCAUUGACUGCCACAUUUGUGUGUGGAGUGGAACUCAAAAUGUUUUCAAAAAAUGUUAUUGAUAGAGUCUCCCAUAAGAAAAUUCAAUUAUCAUAAGUUAUCCAGGGCUUUCCCAAUGAAAAUGAUGGCUCGAUCAUUCAUUCUGGUAAGCUUUUCAGUGCCCCUUUGUGAUCAGUAGAGAGUUUUUAUGAAAUAAAAAACUGCUUAUAAACCCCACCUUGUUUUUAGACAAUACAUGUAUAGGGGAAUUUAGACACUUCUAGGUCAUAAACUUCUAAUUCUAAAGAGUAUAUCUAGUGGGUAAGUAUGAAAACUGUCCAGUUGUACUGAUAUGAAAUUUUUUUGGUGCAAAAGAAGUAGCAUCAAGGAAUUCUGUUUAGCUCCUACCCAAUAACUGAUGGAGGGGGCACUGGGAUGGCAUCCCAUACAGAAGGAAUAACACUGGAGUAACACUUGACUUUCACUUGUAGAGCGUUUUGCUUUUAGUAUGAGUUUAUUAUAAUAGUCAUUGCUCCAAAGUAUUGGAUGAUCGGAGAAUCUUUUCUUAGGAAUAAUUGUGUAGUCAGUAAAUGUGUCACUGUAGUUAACUUAAAUUCCAGAGAAGUUUUUCAUAAAUAAGUUUGUUUCUUGCACAUUCAGGGAAGAAUUUGACCAGUUUAUUGAGCAGAGUGGAACUAAGAAACCUUCAGGUUUGACUGUUAUGCUCUUUAUAGAUCAGUUGACAUAGAUCAGUCUCAAAGAUUUGAAUGUUGUGCUUCAGAAUGCCAGUAUGGAAUUUUGAUGUUCAAGCAACAAAAACAAGACAUUCAUGAACUUGAAAUCUGAUCAAUUCCACCUGUCAAAUCAAAUUAUAUACAAUGCAUCUUGUUCUGAUAUAUAAGAUACCCUGAAGUAAGUUAUAAGGAAUUACACCAAAUUUGUUGUUGAUUUUUUUUGUAAGAAACAGGCUCAAAAAGCAACUACAAGAGGUUUUCUUGGAGGUUUCGUUGUUGUUAUGGUAUCCUUAUUUGUCAUAUCAUGUGAUCACAACUUUUUUAGAAUAAUUGGGCAUUUUUCUGGGUAAGGAUUGCAGUGGUGUGGUUGUACCAAAGAAUUGAUGUUUAAAACUAAACUGUUCUUUGCCACCUUCUUAAAAUAUGUAAUUAAUAGAUAUUUUUGUCUUUCUGCAGCAACUGAUGUCUUUCACCUUGCAAGAAAAUUUCUUUUUACUUUCCAUUUGAAGGAUGAUGAGAAGGUAUAAUGGUAAUCGAAAGUUUUAAAUAUAAAAAUUCUUUUUUGUGGUAACAUCCUAGAAUUCUUACUCCUAUUUUGUUAUCUGAGUUAUUGAACAGCUUAGAUAUGAGGUGUCAAAGAAAAUGAGUGAUUGACAGAAAUAGUUUUAAAUGGUCAUUUAAUUGAAACUGACAAUAACAAACUUUACCAUGAUUUCAAUAACUUUUUUUUUUUUUUUACAUGUGCAGAGAUUUGAAGCACUAUGUAGACUUAUACUUGGUAGCAUGGAAGCCCAAAGUGAACCCAGGGUGAGUAGGGUUUUUUUGCCCCUUUGACUUUUGACCCAAGCAUGGACUACAGGGACCAUAAAUCAGAGCAGAAAAAUUAAGAUCAAGUACUUGUGCCAAGGACAAAGACAUUUGCAGCCAUUGCUUCAUUUAUAAUUACAACCAUGAUAAAUUGCUUUCCACUUGAGGCUAUCUUACCACAGAACUGUUAUUUGUCCUGCAAAUUGUUAGGAAGGAGACAAGAAAUAUCAAAUUAUCCUUUUAACUGAAUAUAUUGAGACAGAAAAAAAAUGGCACAUUCUUUAGUUCAAAAAUCAUAUAAAGGAAGAUAAUGAAUCCAGUUACUACAACAACAUGUAGGUAUUGCAUCAAGCUUAGUCUGAUUCCUUAUAAGAAAUUAACUGUGUCUUGCACAACUCACAAUAAAUAUUUUUUAUUCAUCAGGAUAUUUUCAAAAGUUCCCAGGCCCCUAUAUUGAAAUGAGAAUGUUGUUUGUGUUUUACUUAUUUAAAAUCAGUUUAACUUAUUUUUAACUGUAAUUUGUCUUAAUACCAAGGUGGUAAUUAUGAUGAUGGUGAUAAUCUGAAACAUAUGCUGAUAGAAAUGAAACUAAAGUUAAAACUUUCAAACUAAAGAUGAAUUUGAACUACAAGAUAUAGAUGUUUAGGAGCACCCUAAGUAAGAGGUGUCAGGUGUUAGAGGAGAAAUAAGGUUGAUAUGUAAGUAUUUUACUGUGCAUCAAUUAAUUAAACACAUGAUUAACCCUGUUGGUUAUAUAUGACUUAAAGAUAAAUGUCAAAAUAUGACAGGGACAGGGGGAAGAGGGGAUCAAAAAUUCUCCUGAAUGUAGAUGUGUCUUAAAGGAGAUGUUUCAUCUCAUAACUGUGGAUGAAUUUUCUGUUGCAGCUCUCAUUAAAUGUUUUAUUUUUCUUUUCAUCUUUUCAGCUGUGGUAUGUGUCAGUUGUCCUUUCACAUGAUCUUGUUCUUCUCUGGCUGCAUCAACUCAAACACUUGUUACUGAUUUGCUGUAAACUGCUUCGUAAGCUCAAGGUGAUCAUUAAGCUUUAAAGAAAGUUACUCUUUAAUACCAAUGGUACAUUGACGUUAAUAAUUUGCCUCUCAGUCAAUGUUUUGCACAUUUUAUCUUUGUAUUCCUGUUUGUAUGUUUUUUCAGCCUAGUGUUUCCACAGAUGCAAAAAAGAUCAGCAUCUAUUUGAAUAUGGUAGGUUAGAUAAUAUUUGUCAAAUAUUACUUAUUCAAUGUUACCAGAAGCAUAUAACUUACUUCUAGGUUACAUGCUUCUGAUGUCAAAUGAUAAUUGUUCGUCAGACUUAUUUGUGUAGUAAUCAGGUAAUUAAAAAGGUACACAGGCUGGUAUUUAAGCAUUAAAACUCCCUGAUUUCCAGUUUACCAUUCUUGUGAAGGAGACUUGUCUGAUAAAUGACCAAGCCCUGGUACAGAUGAGGUUGCUUUUUUAAGAGUAUCUAUGGAAAUAAAGCAUCUGUAUUUCUCAGAGUUGCUUACUUUUUAAAUACAACAAUUUGACUGAUUUCAUGUGGUGGAAGAUUCAGCAAUUUAGUAGCAGGUAAAUUAAAUGUAACAAGGAAAAUAGUUAUAAUUAAUAAUAAAUGAAUGUGUUAUUUCAGCAUUGUAGGUAUGGCUUCUUUUGUAAUGAAUUAACAUGUAUCCAAUAGAAUGGUGCUAUUCCAUUCACUGUAUAGCUACACACAAAAUUUAUUGUGAUUUCAGCUGAUUGUAUUUACUGAUUGUGGAAACUGGAAGAUUUUAAGCAUGAAAGGAGGUGAGAGAAGAUACAAGUGAUCACAGUUUCCUCUGAUUUGUUUGAGUGGGCAAUAAAUGUCCAGAGUGUGUUUUUAACACCCAUAGCAGCUUAGAGAGGACUAUUUUCUAAAUGAGAAAUAGCGUUUAUUAUUACAACUGUAAGACUUGAAGCCAUAAGAGUGAUCAAAAGGGAUCACAUUACUACCAUUCCUUGUCUUGUUUGUUGUUCUUUUAAAAAGUAUGGCAUCAUACCUGUUGAGACAAUAUUUUCCUUAUCCACCAUUUGUAUUGCCCAGUUUAUACAGAGUGAUCAAAUGUGGAACUGGGAUUGUAAUCUGUAUGUCUCGAAAGAAAUAUCCAUUUCUUAGGAACAUGGGAUUCUUCUUUGCAAGUUGAUUGCUCCCUGGAUUACAACUGACCAUUGUGUCUCCAAUACAAAUGGAAUUUUAAGAAUACUGAGGUUCAACUUAUGCUCUGUUAAGGAGACAGAUAAUCAGGAUAAUGAAGUUGUUGUCAACUAAAAAAUUAGAAAAGCUAAAAUAUUUGAUAGUGUUAAACAUCAAAUUCCUAGAUUUAUUUUUCAUUGUGAUAUCCAAUAGAAUUAUCUAAGAAAAAAGCCUUUGUCUCAUUAUUUCAAUUAACAUUUAAAGGGGAGGCCCUUCGGCAAAGCUUGCAGCAACUUUGUGCAAAUGUUCUGGGACAUUUGAACAGUAAAGGACUGUAUCCAUCAUUGAAGGUAUGUGCUGAAGUUAAAAUCAUUUCAGUCUGAAGUGAUUUCAAACAUAAUUAUUUGAUUUGUAUUAUCCUCUACUGAGAACUAUGAGUGGUAUAUAUGGGACAAAGAAAAAGCAUGUUGAACUUUCUUUGGAAGCUAAAUAGUGUGAAAGAUUUUUUUUCAUAUGACCUGCUCUUUCCCUUGCUACAGUUUGACUGUCACUGGUAGAUUAGUUAUGAAAUAGCCUGGCAUAAAUUUCAGUUUAUCUCAUGUGGAAUAAAUUUCAUUGCUGUCAACUGCAUGGGUUAUCGUGACUAAAGCAUGUGGUCAGAAAUGCCUUUGAAAGCAUUGGUGUGAUUCUUUUUUGCCUUGUGUUGAUGUAGCUAAUCCACUGAGUCAAACAUGGCGUGUAAUCAGGCAGAUCAAGAAAAAAGGGAAGAAUUUUGAGAAAAAUUGUUUCGAAAAAUGUAUUACAUAAAAGAAAUUAAGAAGAGCCUUGAUGCUUGUACAUUUUGCAUUUAUGUGCCUAGGACAGGACCUCAUCAUGUAUGUUUUUGACUAUUGCUUCAAUAGUGUAAGAUUACUGUUUUUUAAUCAAGGAAUAUUAUUAUAUACACAUUUUCUUUAUGAAGAAAGAUAUUAUUUGUCUUCAUUGUGGAAUAAAUAAAAAAUCUGAGUCCCCCUCAAGGAACCCCAGACCUACAGAUUCUGUACGCUAAUUCUCUACCACUGAGCGACAAAGAACUUCAAUAUUAAGUUCAGAUCUGAUACAGUCCCUGCAUACUGUUUGGUCAUUAAAAAACUCUGAGUCUCUCCUGAAUAAUCAAACUGUGACUGUCAGAUUCCACACUUUGAUGCAUUACCACUUAGCUACAGCAGAACUCUACGAUAAGCCCCAUGCUAUGAAUAGGUUCAUUUGUCCCCAUGCUUGUGACAAGAGGACUAGGUAAAAUCUUUCAUCAUUUAAUCACUGAGUUCCUUUAGACAUGAAAAAUAAUUUUCAAUCUUUUUCAUAGGACUGAGCAUUAAUGAUGUGUCUGAUAUGUAUAAAUACAUUAGAAAACAGUGAUUAAAUCCAUUUGUAGUUAUGAACAAUAUCUAUUAUGUUAUACCAAAAUUAUAUCACUGUUGUUGAUAUGUAGGACCUCUUGAUGAGUGGAUUGGCUUGUAGUGAACCUUCUCUAAAGUGUGCAUCAUUUAAAGCAGUAAUUACAAUGGCUCUAAGGUAAAUUAUUUUUUUUACAUAAUCAGCCUUAUGUUCGUGCACUGUAUUUUCAAAAUUGAUUCUAAUUCACUUAUUUUUAUACUCAGCACUGCUUAGAGGUUUUACCACAAAAUAUCAAACAUUUUUUUACACUGUUCCUGUUGUUUUAGAAAAUGUAAAGUAACCCCUUGGACUAUUUUAAAUAGUCCCACCAUUUUAUCUGGCACAAUUAUUUUAAUUGAUUGGACCAUUUUAGCUACGGGUAGUUACCAGUUUAUCUAGUUUUAGCAGUUGGACCAUUUUGUCUAGGUACCCUUUUCUAUCUAAUUAGACCAUUUUAUCUACAAUCAGCAUCAAAAUUAGUCAACACAUCAUGUUUGAACAAUCCAAUUUAUGUCUAGAAUAACAAUCCUGUGUCUACCACACUCUUAAUCUUUGACAAGACAUUGCCUCCCCAUUCAAUAUCUAGCUAAAAGUUUAUGUGUCACAAUAUAAUAUGACAUCGUUUUUUGCCUUGGGUAAAUUGAUGACGUUUCUUAAAAGGAGUCUUUCAUGACACCUGUUCAAUUCUCUUGGUUGACCAGCCCCCUUUUUUUCAGUCAUAAAGAAAGACCAUUUUAUUUACUAAGACUAUUUAUCCCUGUGGACCAUUAAUGCUGCAUGAGGAUCAUUUUACUUAGUUGAGCCACUUAAUGUGGUAGACUGUUUAAUCUAGUUGGGCCAUUUUAAGCAGUUGGACCAUUUUAUGUAGUUAGACCAUUUUAGGUCAUUGAACCAUUUUAAUUGGUCUGACCAUUUAAAUGAAUUGGACUAUUUUUACUGGUUAGAUAAAUUUAUCCAGUUCAACAUUUUAUCUCAUUUUUUUAGUGAGACCAUCUAUACCAGAUGUAUUAAUGUAACUACAUAGUUUUGCAUGGGCUAUAUUGUAAAUUUCCUUACAGGCCCUUGGUACUCAGCAACUUUUCAGACAAUCUCAGCAGCCUGUUUAUACUCAACAUCCUCUCUGUUCCUGGGCUUAUCCUACAUCUUUCAUCAAUAGCACCAGAUGUAAGUUUUCACUCAUUUGUAUCUGCAAAUUGUAUGACUUGUUAUUCAUUUAAUAAAAAUAACUGCUGGUAACAACAAUUUAGUAAAAAUGAUUGUGAGCUAACAACUGAUUUUAAAAAACCGAUUGCAAGAAAAAUGGCAAAAAUUUUUAAUUAUUGGAAACUUUGAAGCAUUGUUUGCAAAAGGUAAAGAGUAAGGGCAAAGUUGGUAUUACAUAACAGUUAAAUUGCUUCCUCAAACAUACACACAAUACACAAUACACUAAUUAUUAUUACGACUCCCCUAUACAAAGCUAUUCUGUUGUAAUACAAUAAUAUUUAUCUAAUAAAUUACAAUGGGUAAAAGAAUAUUUACAUGUGUUGGGAAGAAAAAAGAAAAAAAAAAAGGAAAAGAAAAAGAAAAACCAUUUUUAAGUCCUAAGUCAAAGAACCUUUUAAAUGUUUUUUUUUCUGUUUAUGGUAUCUAAAAUACUUAUUAACACCCCUACCUUGAAUUAAGACAGAUUUUAUUUUAAGAGUUAAAAACUUCACUUGCAAUCAAGAUUUAGAUGUUUAGAUCUCACUUACUUUUGAAGUCAGUGACACACGAAACAGUUUUGAUUUUAUCCUUUUUUUGGUUAUUCAGGGUUUAAAGCCUUUGAAGGUUCAUGGCAUCUAUAAAAAAGUUAUAUCAUUCCUCCAGAAAGAACAGAGCAUUAGAAUUGUCUUGAAUGCAUUAGAAUGUAGCUACUCUCUCUGUCUUUUGGGUAAGUACAGUGGCUGAGACUAGUACUGGUCAGGAUUGUUGACUGUCUCCUAUUUUUAAGACAAUAGCACAAGUUGCCUUUUGAUCUCUUCACGGAAAAUUUUACAUCACAAGACAAAGUGGAUAAUAAAGUAUUCUUAACAUCUACUUUUUCUGAAUUAAAAACCAGCCUUUUUUCUUUCUCUGCAGCUAAUUUAGUGGAACUUUCUCAGCUUGAAAUAGAGGUAGGUGUUUAAUCAAGCUUUACUCUUUUUCCUGGUCUUGAUGGGUUGUGAGUUAACUUUGCCUAAUGUUAUGAUAUGGGUGAUGAGUAUGAUAAUAUGUUACUCUGUAAUGUAACUCUGUAACUGUUAUGGAAUGACUCAUCUUACUUUGUAGGUCUUGAGGGAAGAUUUAACCAGUUUUUUGGUGAGUACCAUACAAGCCAUCUAAGGAUCCUUAUUUAUAUUCUUUUCUAUUUUGGCAUGCGAGGUUGUCUUAAACUACACGAUGAGAUACAGUAAGAUUCUGUUAGACAAUGUAGAUGUAAAGUUACAUGGUGAAAGUGACAAUAAGCAGAUUGAUACUUUCAGUUAUAAAUACAUCCAGGCAUGAUGCCAUGGUGCCCCAUCUUGCUUUUAAGCACCUAGACCACUUCAAAACAUGAGCUCUAACCCAGGGUUUUUGUGAUUCUUAAACUAGUAUUAAAGCUCCACAGAUGGAGAUGUUUAACAAAUAGAUUCUAUAUAUGUUGCACACAGAAGCACACAAGAUGCAGCUAGGUGUGUCACAUAUUCUCUCCACAUUUUGACAUCUUUAGUGAUCUGUUACAUUAGAUAAAGAAGCAAAGUGUUGCUCAUGGUGGUGUCAUCUAAGUAUGCAUCUGUCCUCCAGUAGAUCAUUUAUGUAAGAACCAAUCAAAAGGCUUGUAUAAUUUAGCCGUACUGUCUCUUAACAACUGUUGCAUGUUAUGUUAUUUUCAGGAAAUAAUUACAAAGAUCCUCAACUAUUGCCAAUCAUAUGUUGCUAAGAAGCAGUCCAAUCUAACAAACUGGCAUCCCAUAUUAGGUUGGUUCAAGCAAUCUACAGAUGAAUGGUGAGUCAUUACAUUAUUACUUGUUUGUUCUAAAUACAAUUAAAAGAAUUAUAGCUGAUGCCAUGCUCACUCCUUUGCUAUGUCACAGGAAUAUUAGUUGGUGGCAAUGAUAUUAUGCUUCUUCACACCUACUGCAGGGUGGGCCCUACUGCAGGGUGGACCCUACUGCAGGGUGGGCCCUACUGCAGGGUGGGCCCUACGGCAGGGUGGGCCCUACGGCAGGGUGGGCCCUACUGCAGGGUGGGCCCUACUGCAGGGUGGGCCCUACUGCAGUCUGGGUAGUGGUGUCCUAAGAUCAGUUCAUUUCCUGGUCCCUCAUCCCACAAAAACUCAAUUCAAAAUACAAGCUAUUAUGACCCAAAACUAAAAUUUAUCUCAUUACCAUGAAAGGUCGCGAAAGGUCACAUGAUACGUACGCUAGUAUUCAAUAAAUGAGGGCUAUUAACUAACUGUUCCAAAAAAAAAAAAAAGAAGACAUUUGUAGGGUUAUUGGAAAGAGCAGCAAAGCUUUCUGCUUAAUUUUCUUUGGAGGAGAAAUUCAUACUUUUCCUAACUAUUUAGGGUGGUGAAUCUUAAGGACACUGUUCUUCAGUUUGUGAUAUCUGUACAGGGGAGUGAUGGUGAUGUUUGGGACCGGAUUGGGUCGAAAAGUUUUAGUCCACUUUUAAGAUUUCCACUGAGAGACUGUGGUCCAAGCAAUCUAAUCUGCUUGGUGUCUGUCCAGAUGACUUGAAUGUCUUGUGCAAUGGAAAGAUAGUUUAUUUAUUAUCUGAUGUUCCUAAAUCGUUGACUUAGUGAUUGAAGAAAGUUCCAAGUGAAUUCAAGAAGAAUAGCACCUAUAUAGAAAUGGCCUUUCAUUGAUAUAUUAGAGGUUUGGAUAGUGUCGGCUAUACUGGACAUGUGACAGGAAAACUCAAAACUCAAUUUAGUGAUGUCGUAAUUGCCAGGAACCACAACACGCGAAUUCCAUUCUUUUCAAAAUAUAAUAUACAUUUGGUGUGUACAGUUCAAAUGGGUUGAAGAAAUGGUGGUAUUAUGGUCAGUUUCCUGGACUCUGGAAUGAAAGGGCUAAGUGUAAGCGUGGGAUGUGAUAUAACGCGUUUUUAGCAAUUACACCUCACCCUCUUAUUACACACCUCAUUCAACCUCAGAGUAUAAAUGGCUCUAAAAGUUUUCAAUUUAAUUUUUGUGACACACUGCAGGGUAUCAGGAGAUGGACAAGGGGACUACCAAUACUUCUUGUCACUGCAUGCCAAUUAGUUCGUAAGUGAAACUCGAGCUGACACCUUCCCUUGUGUUUAUAGGCUGAACAAUUCAAUUCCUCAUAUAAGAAAGCAGCUUCAGUCCCUGUGGAGUCAGAAAGUUGUGAAUCUGUUGUUUGAGGCUCUUUUAGUCAUCAGUGAAGGUGAAAGCAAUGAAAUAAAGAGCAAGGAUGACAAAGGUCUGGUAAAAAGAGUACAUUUUCUGCGUUUAAAACAGUUUUUAUGUCAAAAAGUUGAAAACGUGGUCAGAACUACCACCGGGAUUUGGGAGGGGAAGGUCCUCAAUAAUUGGUCAGAAGGUAGCUGUGCCUCUCAUUAAAAGUGGUGGGUUUAUCAUCCAAAGUCUAUAAAGUAAUACACACAAUUUGUUAUAAAGGGGUGUUUGCGCACAGGAAACAUUAAGCAUAGCAGUACAAUUAUAAAAGAUUAACACUUAUGCUCUCAAACAGGGCCAAGAAGCAAUGGCCUUAACUGGAAGCACCUUAUCACUUCCUUACCAUCAUCUAAUGGGUUCCUGUACAUAGCUGUUAACCCGAUUAUUGUAGACUAGGUCUUGAUCCCUAAGAGAGAAGGUCUCAUUCAACCUAAAAUACAGCCCUCUUUACUUCGUGAGUGAAGACCCUUAUCCAACGUGAACUGUUGUGAAGAUGAUUUUGUGGAACACAGUCAACAAGUAACAGGAGGCUGUCGAGGUUGACUAAACUCUAACAGUUGCCGUUCCAUUCAGUACAUUUAAUGUUUCCAAUCACCUGUUUAACCACAGGUAAUUGGAAACCAUGGUCUCGUAUCGGCAGAGGUCGCUCCAGAUGUGGUCAGUCCAGUUUAUCCAGUUCGCAGGUUGAGGUGAUACAGAAAUCUUGUGUCAUGUAUCAAACUGUACUGUGUACUUUCUCUCAGAUCAAGCUGGAUAUUUUGACAGGUUUGUAGCUAAGACUGAAUUGCUUUAUCUUUUCUUUAAGUUACUUAGUAUACAUUUCUUGAUUUGCUGAUGGCUGCAGCUCCUUCAGUGAGCUGGUUCUGCUAAGCAGGCGUCGUAAGCUUGCAUGAUUUCAAAUCCUUUGGCAAAUGCUCGCUUUACGGAAGAAAUAAACUACACUUUCCCAUGGUAUGGCGUCCUAUAUUUGAGAGAGCUAAGAGCGCCAAUUAGAGAAAAAGGGCAAUAUUUAGUUUUUUUUUUCUUGUUGACUUCGCGGCUUGUGUGCACCAAAUGUGUGACAACGUCUGCAUUUGCAGUGAAAAGCAGUCUUUUUUUCUAUUUCUCUGCUUCAUUAAGGUAAGUCUAUAGGAAUAAAAGAAUAUUAGAGACAGUUUCUGGUAUUUGCCAGGUGAGGUUAAUGUCUUGUGCUCAACCAUGAAAUAUAUUCGAAGAAGUCCGAUUGUUUUAGAGUUCAACUUGGAAAACUGCACUUGCUCGAUAUCCUUCGUUAAAACUGGAUUUUAGGUUUGGAGUGUUACCAUACUUCUUUAGCUCCUAGGGGGUUAAAAGGAGUUUUACAAAGUAGGUAAUACGAGGAUUUUCUUCUUUUUGUUCUUGUAGGGUUGAGUUACCAAGAAGGAUUUGUGGUGCAUCUUUGGAAGUUUUUUGAUUCUUUUUGUCAAAAUGACCGCGUGGAAUCUCACUUGUGGAGUCUUGAAAAGACAGGCUUGUUUAACAGCCACGAGCUUCAGGCCGCUCUUGUGCUUUUCUGUGACUGUUGCAGUCACUUAUUGCCGUAAGUAAAAUUCAUCUCAUUGAAUUUCAACUUGUUUGAACAAGAUAUAUUUCGUUUUCUUCUUUGUAGCUUAGUGCAUGCCUCCCUAGCUGUUAAAUAUUUCAGAGAAGUUGUCAGGAAAACUUUGUCAUGAAACUUCCCCUGUAAUCUUAAUUCACACGAGAAUAAUACGAGAAAUUCCCAAAUGUCUCGCACGUUUCCAGUACACACUCCAAUAGGAAGAUAGCAGUCUAGACCCUUGUAAUUCAAAUCGGUUGAGACAUCAAGAUUGCCAGCUCGGUGUCACGAUUUUUCCAAACGAAAGCUCUUCUUGGAUAGUAACGUCAGAUCGGCCUAUACUAUACUAGUAUAUAUAUACACCUACACUAGUGUAAAUAAACAAAUACUUCGAGUUGUAAUCGAAUAUCCUUAUGUUGAACUGGUAACUGUUAAUUUCUUACCCGUCUAGUUAUAUAAGUAUGAAAAUGUAGCCGCUACAUUUUAUUUCUUUUACCAUUUUAACCCAUCGUAGCAAAAAAAACUUUCAAGUACAUUUAAUUUUGUGGCUCAGCCGGCUAGAUUAGCGCCUCAGACGUUCUGAGAAGACUUGCGCCUGUUCCUGUUGUUUUCCACUACGUUUGCAGAUAUUAGAUUUAAGGUGAAACAAUCGAAAUUCUACUCUGUGAUCAAUGGCCAAGUUGCUUUGACACAGUAUCUUCAAUUGAUCACUAUUCUUAACAUCACAUAUUGAUUAUUUUUUCACCUUAGCAUUGUUGAUGAUUCUGAAAUGUACGAGAUACAAAAACCGUUUCGUUUAGACGAGCUGAAUAGAAUAUCUGCCUUCCUCAAUAACUUGGUCUUCAAAAUGUUGUGGAACGAGAUGGUGGAGGGUAUGUUCAUGUUUCUUAAUUCAAGAUGAAUGAGUUUCCUCUUCUUCCAGCCCCCUUCCCUCUACUUAAAACCAUUUCUAGAAUGAACUUACACAGUAGCCUUCUUUUCUGUAAUAAAGUCAGAGUUGUCGUUGUAAAUGUGGGUGCUGCUCGUUUAAUAUUAGCUCUAGAAUUACUCCUCUGUUCUUGUCAAUGAUUGGUGAUGAGAUAUUUGUCACCAAGAGCCUACUUUCGUGGAAUUUUUUAGAAUCAAGAGAGCAGAUGUUGAACUCAGCGCAUACAUUGCUUAUGAUACUGUAUGACAGAGAUUGCAGACGCCCUUUCACCUCUCAAGAUCAGUGGCUUGUUAGGUUAGUAGAUAUUUUUUACGUAAGAACUCGAUCUAACCAUGUACGGUCAAUGCAUUUUAUGUUCGUGGGCCCUGUCCAUCGCGGCUUAGCCUCAGUAAUCGGAUGGGCGAGGAAAAAUCAUUUAGAUCUCCGCUUUAAGGCUUGGCCCAAUGUAUACAUCUGACUUUCAUUAUUACGUUACUGGCCAUUCUACCAAUGGCGGUUUAGGGACGAUGUACGGAAACAUUAAAACAAACUUUCAUAGAGCGCCGUCAAAGAAAUUCACUUAGGGCAACAUGGAAUAUAUCCAACAUGUAACAGUGCGAAGUCUUCUGGGACCACCAUGAUAGAAGGCCAGCGCCCAAACUGCCCGGCCAUGCUACCCACAAAAAAGCUCCCUCUUAACCAUUUUUCAGUAUUUCAAAAGACCAUUGUCGAGACAAAUUUAUCAUUUUUGAAUCAUUCAGAGAGGAAAGAACGUCUUAGUUGACGAAAAAUCACAACACUCAGAUUGCGGCGUUUAAGUUUUUAUUUUGUACAAAUGCAUACUAUUGUUGUGGACACAGGUGCCUUUAGUUCCGUAAAUUUAUAUUUAUUUGUCUGCCCUCCUUUUACACCAUAGGAGCAUUAAAACGAGUACGUUUGUAUCAGAACUUGAAAAGCGGAAGAAAGGCGCCCUGAUGGUGAUUCAGAAAAUACCACAUGUUCUGCCUCAUAGAGAGGUAUGUUAACUUAUUUUUAAUUUAUUCCCUGUAGCUGUUUGCGAGGUUACUGUAACACAAAUUAUUUCAGCUUGUGCUGUUCACAGAGGUCGUUAUUAUCGAAGCCUAUUGUUAUCAAUGUUGAUCCACUUUUCUUGAUACGUUAAUAUUCUGCAGAGGGUACAACUGUUUAGGAAGUUGGUCACCAAAGACAAAGUGGAACUUGGUAUCACUCGUCCCUCAGAUGAUUUUUUUCCUCAAGGGACGCUUAUUACAGUUCAUCGAGCGAGACUGUUGGAGGUGAAGCACGUUUUUAUGUCGCUUGUUGUGAAUUCCUAGGGAAACAAUACCGUUAUCUUUUAUGCUCGUCAGCAGGAGUGGUAAACCUUUCAGAAAUUCAUUGUUCUACUUAACGUUUCUUUCAUUUUGCAAGAGAUAAGUAUUUCAUUAUUUGAGGCUACAUUUACGUUAGUUUUAAUAGACAUUGUGUUCAAAAGAAAGAGCUGUAAAGGAACACAAUCCAUAGUGAAAACGAAAAACGACCUAUUCAGCUGUUAAUUCUGUUACUCGUGAAGAGUAAACGGCAAAAUUUAGUUCAUAAAGAUUAAACCUUUUCCUCACGUCGCUGCAAAUCAAUUGUCCAGUUGUGUAUUAAUUUGAAUAGAUACAUUUUGUGUGACAUUUGUCAAUUUUUGUCUCUUGAACUGAUCAGGAUGGCUAUGAACAGCUGGCCUUGCUCCCAACUCGUUCAUUUAAAGGAAUCAUCCGUGUCAGAUUCAUUAAUGAACAGGUGAGUGUUUUUGGACGGAAUAACAGAAUAAGGAAGACCUUUAAAAAUAAAUUUGGAAUGACACACGGUACUGGUUUACACAUUCUGCAUAAUUUAAACUGUGGUUUGAGUUUGCUUUUUGUUACAAAUAGGGUCUCUCCGAGGCUGGUAUUGACCAAGAUGGUGUGUUUAAAGAGUUCCUUGAGGAGGUGGUAAAAAAAGGAUUUGAUCCCUCACUUGGUUUAUUUAAGGUUAGAAGAGUUGUGUGGAAAAAAACUGUUCUGUGGCAAAUAAGUGUGGCUGUGUAUUUCCAUAAAUUUACGUUAGUGUGUGUCAUAAUUGUUCGAAGUUCGAUUGUGUUAAGAAAUAACAUUGAUAUCAUAGAUAAAAAAGGGGGGGGAUUCUAAGCUAAAGCACAUGAUAAUUGGGAGUGAUCAUUUACUGACCAUCUCACUUCCUGUCCAUUAAACCGUUUGACAUUUAAACAAUAACAUAGCUAAUUGUAAACAAGGACAGACUGAAAUUUAAGUCGCAGAUGAAAAGCAACAUCCCUAGUUACAACGGUUAGAAAACCAUGCAUUUCUUGAUUUUUUCCCCCCUUCCCACCCCUGUGAAAUGUUCAUUGAUUAAUUUUAUGCGGUAUAUUGAUCUGACAAUAUGCUUUUACUUGGUACUAAACCCAUUAAAUUGACAUUGAAUUGCAUUAAGUUAGAAGAACUGUUACUUGAAUGUUGGUGAAUCGAACAAUAAUGUCGUGUUACUUCUAGAUGACCAGUGGCGAGGAAGAGCGAUUAUUUCCGUCAAGCACAUCGUUUAUUCACAACAAUCAUUUGAAAUUGUUCGAGUUCUUGGGUAAGGUGCUGGGCAAAGCUCUGUACGAAGUAAGUAGAGUAUUUCUGAUUACCUAAAUCCAUCUUUGUUAGAACCAUUACCGUUUCCGUGGGUUGGAGUUACCAACAUUGAAAAAAUGAUACUUGUCAACUGUUAAGGUCUUCUUUUUGUAUACCCACUAAUUCAUGCCUGCUGUGUAUGCUUCAUUCCAUUUAGGGUAUGGUCGUCGAAGUACCGUUUGCAUCAUUUUUCCUCAACCACAUUCUUAGUCGACAGCACAGCGGUUUGUACAGUUCAAUAGACGAACUGCCUUCACUUGAUCAGUCACUGUACAAAAGUUUAUGCUUCAUCAAGGUUUGCAUCUUUAAUGAACAUUUUACUUCAAAUUUACAUGUGUUAUAAGAGAUAAAUCAAGUUAACUCCGCCUUGUGUAAGUCAACUGGGAGAGAGCACCGGGGUUUGAUCUCCCAACAGGACCAACACCUGGGGUCUGGAAAUAAAUUAGGACAAAGUUCUGCUUUUACAGUCAACAAAUUGGACCCUUGUUGGUAAAGAAUAGGGCACAGAGUUGCCGGUGUUGCGGUGCGGUUUUUCUCUAUUAUGAUGUCAUCGUUGCAUGGAUAGGAAAAUGCAUGGAGAUUUUGGCUGAUAACAACAAUUUAAAAAUCUGAGAGUAGAUGAAGUACGAACUCUGCUUGACUAGUGAGCUUAUCUUACCUUACUCUAUUUUUUCGAACAGACCCAUUCCCACCUCCUACCAUCGAUAGCGUUUUACGUCAUUAAAUCUUUCUUUUUCGGUAUGGAAGGAUAUUAGCAAUACAUUAAAUUUUGAAUAACUUAAUAAUUCAAAAUCAUUGAUAGUAAGAGAACGGAGUCGAGUGAAAGAAUAAUGAAAAAGUGAACACGAUUCGUUAACUAAUAUUAAAUAUAACAAAUGAAAAAGCCUUGAGAGUGCUUUCUUCUUGUGUCAAACUUAUAGGAAGCGGUUAGUUAUGUGUGACAUUCUUUCUUUAUUUUCAGCAUUAUGAUGGCGACGUUCGAGAUCUCGAACUGUCAUUUUCCUUUGACGAAGAUGUUCUUGGCAAGGUAGGAUCUAACUCUUAGCGUGUGCUUGGCCCAGAAGUAACCUUCUUCCCUGGCUCAGCCAAAUCUGAUAUUCAACCAUUAUGAUCACAAGGCCAUAACACUUUUCCGAGUUACUAUUAAACUUCUCUUUUGAUUCAUCUAUGGACUCAAUACCAGGCUUCUGAAUCAAGACUGGGACAUACGUUAUAAGAUGAAGGCUUAUUUACAAGGUCUCUAUUUUGAAUAUUUGAAUAUUGAAUAUUUUUUGGCUAAUUUUUGUGUUACGUUCAGGUGAUCACUCAUCAACUCAUGCCAGGCGGAAAUGUUAUUCAAGUCACAAAUGAUAAUAAGUGAGUGGAGUUCUGCAUCCUAUCCGCUAAGUAAUUCGUUUGGACCUCUAAUUUGAUUCAACGUUACAACUUUUACAAACAAUAUCCUCAACGUUUUAAGAAAGUGUUUUUGCUUAAAGUUGCAAAAGUGAGCUCGCAGUAACAGAAUGAAGGAAAGUUAUAGAACAUAAUCAACUGUUUCAUGGCUCAAUUUCCAAUGGCUGAAUACAAAUAAGCAGGUCGAAUAGGAAUUUUGUAGUGUUGAUUUCUAAGUAGAGACGCCAUUCGGGCUGCAGUGCGCGGCGGGGGGGGCCUGGGGGUCAAAGUUGCAUAUUGUCGGUACUGCAGCUCCUCACUCAGAUCAGAAUUUCACAUCAGCUACAAAAUAAGUCUUGUAUCUGCCGUGGAAAGGUGAAAAGAUCAUAAGAAUGGAUACAGUUAAGGCUAUACAAUUUGGCACUGGUGUACGAACAUCUAUAUGUUUUUGUGGGUCGUAUGAACAAUUUCAGAGUGUCACUUGAGGUUCAUUGUGCUACAAUUUUCUCGAGGUUGGAUUGUGCUCACAUACGCUCAGAACAAUAUUUUCUAUUGUAAGUACUAAAAUGUUGUUCCUCAUCCUGGAAAAGUUCAUUUCAGGCCAAUGUUUUUGACAGCUCUCCGCGCGAUUAAGAAUGAUAUUGAUCCAAAAUGGGCGCCAAGAUAUGACAUCAUUCGCUGUUAAUCAAUCUCAAUUAACACUUUAUGUCGUUGAACUUGACCUGUUAAGUUUUCUAUAUUUUCAUGCAGGAUAAGUUAUGUCCAUUUGAUGGCUCACUAUCGCAUGUGUGUUCAAAUCCGGGAACAAACGGCAGCCUUUAUACGGGGUUUCAAAUCUAUCGUGCGACAUGAUUGGUUGCAGAUGUUUUCCGGUCCUGAACUUCAGAGACUCAUUUCCGGUGACAAUGCGGCAAUGGAUCUUGGUGACUUGAGGUAUCGUAAGUCGUAAUGAUUAUAAGUGGCAGUAAAAGGUUAAGAUAAAGUUUGAAGUCACAGUGAAGUGAAGUUUCGAUUCUAGAAACAUGAUCUUAUUUAACUACUCUUCUUUCUUCAGGAAGCAUACCUUAGUUGAAAAAACCGUCUUUCAUCUUCGACCGUUGUCCCGCAGGUUAUGAACCAAUAUGGUGGACCUUAGGAAGUUCUGUCAUAAACUUUUUGAGAGACUGCUGCUUAUUUUAAAUUCAGGCAAAGAUUUCUGAGCUCAAACUUUUUUUCUCUAUUUCUUUCUCUUUAGCACAAGAAAAACUAAUAUCAUGUUAUCACGAUUGUAAGUUGUCCUUGGAUGAGUGUUGUGUUAUCCAACCCAGAUCAACCCAUGGUUUGUAUUUUUAAUUUUGCAGACGUCACACAAGAUACUAUGGUGGUUACCAUAGCAAUCACAGAGUAGUCAACUGGUUAUGGGAUGUACUGGAGAAAGACUUUUCUGAGGACGAAAAAUCCAGAUUUCUUAAGGUAGGGUUUUCAUUGUUCACUCGUCAUAAUCCUCGCUAAAGCAAGAAGUUCGCCUGUUAAGUUUGGUUAGGGUUUAAUACAGUUUUUUUUUUCAGUUUUUGUUCGAUGGUAAAAUAUGCUGUUUAUCCCCCUAAUUUUCAUAUUCAUUUCCAUUUCGUAUCCUUGACCACUGUUCUACAAUUCGCCUUGCCUGUCUUUGGUAACCUCAGCUUCAAAAAUGAUUCGCCGCUUGGUAGACAUAUGAAUAAUGACCCUAACACUCUCAUGACUGGGACGUCAAUUGGUGAACAGAAAGCUCAGAUAAUUCCCCACAAUAUUACAUCGCAAGGGCGUAAUGUAUUUUGUGGUCAGUAGUUCAAGCUCACAAACUUCUCCUUGUCUACCCGCAGUUCGUUACGAGUUGCUCGAAACCUCCGUUGUUGGGAUUUGCUCAUCUGGAGCCUCCAUUCUCCGUUCGAUGUGUGGAGUGUAAUGAUGACGAGGUGAGUGAUUACUUAAUCAAAACGUGAUUAGCUUCGUACUUCUCUGUACAAAAUCAGUCAAGAUCAUCCGAUGACUCGCUUGACGGUUCGCUCAUCGUAGCGACUUUCCUAGCAUGCCAGAUUUCUUUUGACUAACUCGUCUGGUGUGCCUUUUUCUGCAAUUUUGUUAUGCCCAUCGCUACUAAUUGCCAGAAAACGUCAACCAUUUAGGCUAGCUUGUUUUGUUGCAUGGCUGCUCAGAAUUGUCGAUAACAAAGAUGCUUGGCUUCGGACAAAGGAAAAACUGAAGGAGCAAAUAGGCAAAAAAUCUUCACGAGUCUCCACGCACAUAAAGAUGGUGAAAUUUACUCUUGCUUUCCGCUGGCAAUGAAAUUUGCUGAAAUCGGUGCUCAAAACCUAAACGUAUGAACAGAAGGGUGUGAGCGUGGUAACGCUAAAAGGGUAAUUGCAUCUUUACAAUACCACAUUCAAGCGGCGGUGUUGAGGUAAAGAGAAAAUGUAGUUACGAUAGAAUUAAUUCUAACCUUAAGUGGACCUUAUGUGUUGCCUGACUUAGCUCCGACCGAAAAUAUUCAGGACCCUUCUUGCUGUUGAUUGAUUUUCAUACCCGUUGACCAAACGGUAUUAAUUCCACCCUCCCCUCCGAAAAUAAAAAUUCCUGAAGUUGAGAAAAAGCCUACCAGAGAUUUUUCUUGAGCGUCGCCAAAUAACGUUGAAAGAGGACUUCGCUGUAAGUUAAACAUAUUAAUGUCGAUUUCCAUGCCAUGCUCACUGUUUGAAACUUCAAUCCUAUUGUGAACACGUGUCAAAAUUGUUUAAAUGCUGAGAGAGAAAGUUAGUUUUUGAGCGCUCUGAUUGGGAGCUUAAGAAAAUUUUAUCAAACAGCCAACUCAAGUUGGACGGAGAAGUAAAGUUACUGCUGAUUUAUCGAUUCAAUGAGUUAUUCAAAAACUCCUCGUUUUUUCCAAGGAUGAAGGUGACACUGUUGGCAGCGUGUUUCGCGGGUUUUUCAGCGUUGGCCGGCGGCGUGAUCCAGUUGGGAGACUACCCACCUCAUCUACUUGUUUCAAUUUGCUCAAACUUCCCAACUAUAGGAAGAAAAGCACACUCAAAGAGAAGCUCCGUUAUGCAAUCAACGCCAACGCAGGAUUUGAACUUUCAUAAUCGACGACAGUGAAACAGGAACAGUCCCUUUAUUUGUUACCCCCAAAGAUCCAUUCUCAGAUCUAUCGCCUCGCAAAGCUACCUUUAACUUAUAGGAAGCUUCAAAAUAUUGCUGUAGUUGGUAAUAAAGAAAGGUCAGUGAGAUGAUUAUCCAAAACAUUGAAGGAAAAUUUGAGCUAUUUUGCUUAACGAAGUUACUUCAGCGCUGAAUGAGACUUGGGUCGGUAAAGCAGAUCUCAGUCAAUGUUCUUUUUAUUUCUAUGAAAAUUGGUUUAUAUGAAAAAUAAAUGUACAUACAC